UACUAUUGGCUCAUUAGCAUCGGAAGGGCAUGUGUGUCAGCGUCGGCUGAACAAUAGAGAGAGAGAGACAUAGAAGGGUGUGAGAGAGAGAGAGAGAGAGAGAGAGAGAGACGCACAAGCCAGGCAGACUGGCAGCAUGCUGGUUCAGAGUGGACGGAGAGGAGACAAGAAGGAGAAAACCCGGACGUUAUCUGAUGAGUAUGGCGUGUUAAAGCAUGUUGUUUUGAUGCGUAUCUCGCCAGAGUCUGGUUCAUAUUAUAGUCAUCCAUGUUCCGUUACGAGAAGACUCGUCUAACCGAAUGAGGAAACCACUCUGUGCUGCGUUUUCUCGCUUCCUGUCUCGGUCCUAGUUGUCACAUCUAGACGUAGAAUACAGCAGCGGGGGGAAGACACGAAGAAAAGCAUCAAACAGGCGUUAUGGUUGCCGGCGACCUCGUGCAGGAGCAUCUGCGCGCGGAUACCGGCGCACCUGACGACAUCACGGUCGGCAGGAAGACUCCCGAGCUGGAGGGAGCGGCCGAGAGAUGCGCGGAGCCGACAUACGACGCAGUAAAGACGGGCGGGGCUGGGGAGACAGACACCGGCAGCAGGGCGCUCGAGCAGGAGAAGGAAGUCCCGCCGGAUGAGAGAGAGGCGAUGCUGCCUAACGGUGGAGGAGGAGAGGCGGAGGAGAAGCAAGGGACAAAGCUCGAGACUAAACUGUACCCGCGCAGGUUCGCCGUGCUCUUCGUCUUUAGCAUGUACUCUUUGGUGAACGCCUUCCAGUGGAUCCAGUAUAGCAUCAUAGCCAACGUGUUCACGCGGUACUACGGCGUGACUAACGACAAGGUGGACUGGCUCUCCAUCGUCUACAUGGUCGUCUACAUUCCGCUUAUCUUCCCGGCUACCUGGCUGCUGGACCGGAAGGGUCUGCGGCUCACGGCCCUGCUGGGCGCCGGCCUCAACUGCAUCGGCGCCUGGCUGAAGUGCGCCAGCGUGAGCCCCGAGCUGUUCGGAGUCACCGUCACGGCGCAGGUCGUCUGCUCCGUGGCGCAGGUGUUCAUCCUCGGCCUGCCUUCCCGCGUCGCCUCGGUGUGGUUCGGACCCGGGGAAGUUUCCACCGCGUGCGCCACGGCCGUGCUGGGGAACCAGUUGGGAACCGCCAUAGGCUUCCUGUUACCUCCAGUUCUGGUUCACACGCCCGACGAUGUUGAACUCACAGGUCACAACAUCAGCAUCAUGUUCUACGGCACCGCCGCUGUCUCCACCUUCCUCUUCAUCGUCGCUGUUAUAGUGAUUAAGGACCGCCCUCUCCUCCCUCCCAGUCACUCGCAGGCUGUCCUCCCAAGCUCCCUUUCUGAAGAUUACUCCUACAAACAGUCCAUCUUCAACCUGAUGAAGAAUAAAGCAUUCCUCCUCCUGCUCGUCAGCUACGGUAUAAUGACCGGCUCCUUCUACUCUGUCUCCACACUUCUCAACCAGAUGAUCAUGUCCUACUACGAGAACCAGGAGUUGAAUGCUGGGAGAAUUGGUCUGACUCUGGUUGUUGCUGGAAUGGUCGGCUCCAUCCUCUGUGGCCUGUGGCUGGACCACACAAAGACAUACAAGAUGACGACCCUGAUCGUGUACGGCCUGUCGUUUCUGGGCAUGGUGGUCUUCACCUUCACUCUGGACCUCAACAACAUCUACCUGGUCUUCGUCACUGCUGGAGCCCUGGGGUUCUUUAUGACGGGUUAUCUGCCUCUGGGCUUUGAGUUCGGAGUGGAGAUCACCUACCCGGAGUCUGAGGGAACGUCGUCGGGACUCCUCAAUGCUUUUGCUCAGCUAUUUGGGAUCAUUUUCACGCUGAUUCAGGGCAAACUGACCACAGUCCACAGCCCAUGAUUUGGAAAUAUCUUCCUCUGUGCUGGUCUUCUUGGGAAUACUGCUCAUGCCUUAAUUAAGUCAGAACUGAAAACCAAUGUCAACAUGGAAGCAGACAGCAACCAGCUGCAAGCAGUUCCUACUGAGUGUCCCGAGGACUGCCCUUCAGAAAAGAAAACCAACGGAGUCAAGAUGGAACCGUCGAUCAGCUUCUCCCGUGAAACGACGCUGUGACCGGCCAAGUCCCUGGGGGAUCGCAGCACAACUAACUCCCUGCUGUCCUGGGAAACCUGUCGGCAGCGCACUCACAAACGCAGAGUACCUCGCUGGGCACUUGGAUUAGUUUUUUAUUGCUUAGCUCCUCGACAUUUUGGAAAGGGGAAGCUCUGGAUGUGAUGCUAAGUCUAAUCAAGCACAGCCACAGUAUACAGUAUAGAGUGGAUUCAUGCCAGGUACGUGACCAACAGGGCCCAGAGGGUCAGCACAACACCCCCCACAAGCUGCUCUCAAACACUUGCACUUGAUAACCUUCAAUUUUUAGUCUUGCAUUGCCAGACCCUCCUCCAUAGAGCUGCGGAGGAGGGUCUGGCUAGUCUGGCCACACAGCAUUCCGGAUGGGAGAAAAACAUGCUCUGGCUUAUCGGCAUUUCUGUAAACCAAUCACAAACAAGGGGCACAAUGACGCUGUCUCUGCACAAUAGCCUCUGGAAGGAAUUUAGUCAUUCAACAGAAACCUCAGAUUGGACAGAUAGUCUAGCUAGCUGUCUGGAUUUACCCUGCAGAGACCUGAGGACCAGGUAACCAUAGUCCUCAGAUUGGACAGAUAGUCUAGCUAGCUGUCUGGAUUUACCCUGCAGAGACCUGAGGACCAGGUAACCAUAGUCCUCAGAUGUGACAGAUAGUCUAGCUAGCUGUCUGGAUUUACCUUGCAGAGACCUGAGGACCAGGUAACCAGAGUCCUCAGAAAUCCACCUGGGGUUAGAACGCCAACACAAAGAAAGAGGACGGUGAAGGACAUCCUGCGGAAUUUUCCGGCAGCAUCUGAACAAUCCCAGAAAUGAAACGCGUAUGUAAUGUGACGCAGAAGAAGCUCCACUGCACUUUAUACCUGCUGCACUCUUUGUGAAGCAUGGCGCUCCUAGUUUGGUUACUGUUUGUGAACCUGAUUUCAAAAUGAAAACCAGCUUCCAAUUCCUACAUCACAUGCCUGUAGUAAACAAAAUAACUCCAGGUGAAGUUUUUUUUUUCCUUCGGAGUCUCCGGGUGUCUGCGAGGACUAGCCGGAGAGCCGUUCUGAUUGGUUUUGAUCCGCGCCCACUGCCCGCGGCCAACGUCUCCUGAGUUUACUUGAAUUCUCCUUUCAUGGACUGAAGUUGUAAGACUCGUAAAUGUUAACAUUGCUUCUUUUUGACUGAAGAGGAACUAUCUGACAUCUGGUUCCAAGUUGCUUCACACACUUUUCUCACACCCGAGCAGGACUCCAUUCAGCCCGCAUUGUGACUGAGACAGGGCUGGUCAGUAAUGUUUUCUGCGAAGAUGCACGCAUAUUAGACGGCCUCAGGAGCAGCUGUAUCUAGUUGUCGCAUGCUGGGUUCUAGUCGGCAGACUUUGUCCAACAUGUCAUGGCGGAACAUCCUUGAAUGUUUACACAGUUAGGGAAAACCUCACAGGUUUUUAUUUGCAGAUUUUCUUCUUUGACGCAGGUUUACAUAUGAAUGUUGCUUUUUAUUUGAUUAUUGGAUCCAUAAAUAGCUAGAGUGAAAUACUUGAUUGGCAACGUGCGACUGACUGUGCCCGGUACAACCACAAAAGAAAGGAAAAAGCUUUUAGAAACAUUUAGAGGAUUUGGCUUCCAGAUUCCAGGGGUGCGUCCCUGACUUUUUCCCCUCUUUUCCUUCCCUGAUUGGAGGGAAGGGGAAGGAAAGACAAAAAAAGACCUAACUGACACCAAGAAUACAAAACACUAUACCUUUUUAAUAGGGAUGUAACAGUAUGAAAAUGUAACUUUGCGGUUAUAGUGACCAAAAUGAUCACGGUUUUUGGUAUUAUUGCGGUAUUUUUAAAAGUGUGUUCAACGCCUUCAGCAGCAACUGUUUUCCGCCACGUUCUGCAGACAGGAUAACGAUCUUCAGUCAGCUGUCCUUUGUCAUUCUUAUACUAACCAGAAUAAGCCCGAGCUUCAGGCUCAGUCCUCUCAGAGGGCGGAUGAGUGUCCUGAGCGCCGACAUCUCCUCCAUCCGCCAUGAUUCCUACUGCACGGCAGCCUGAGGAGACGCGGAUGGAGUUGGGAAGGAUUAAACACGUUUCCUACACCGUGGUAAUCCACCGUGAUAAUCAGGAUAUUUUAAAUGAUAAUGCUAAUUGUUAUCAACAUUUUUAUCGUGGUUUACCGUUACACCGGUAAUUGUUACAUCCCUAACCUUCAAAGAUCCUGACAGUGUCUCCCCUACGUUGAUUUUGUAGUGGCGACCCCUCCACGAUAUCAUAAAUAGAGCAGACGCACAAUGUGUUCGCGGUUGAGAGGAAUAACAAACUGCUGUAGUAAAAUAGAAUAUGUCCUCCAUAGACCACGUGGCUGGCGUGUAAGGUGGUUUCCCUGAGAACAA